AUGGCGUGGCCUGUCCCCGUAAGUGAGCCUUCAGGCCCAGUUAGUGGGUUCUCGGCCCCUUCAGAGCUUCCUAGUUCCUCCGAGUUUCCUAGCGUUCCCUCCAAGCUCCCUAGCGUUCCCUCCGAGCUCCCUAGCGUCUCCUCCGAGCUCCCUAGUGUUCCCAAUGUUUCCUCGUCACCCCCUAGUGCUCCUCCCGAGAACCAGCCUCCUAGUGCUCCUCCAGAUUCUCCCAGAGACUCCUUGUCGCCGCCUCCUGUGGCCCGGUCCCUGCGCCGACGUCGCCUGGCCUCUGUGCCGACGUUGACCUCCGGACCAGCCUCCAGGGGCCCGGCCCCAGCACCGACGUUGCCCGCUGGACCCACAUUCGGCUCCUUCCUGUGUCUCCGCCCACCCUUGUCAGGUCCUCGUCUCAUUUGGUGUCAUCGUGCUGUCUCUGUCUUUACGCCGCACCUCCUGGUUCCCAUCCCCAGCGCCACGGACAUCCUCCGGACCUCCCCCGUGGGUUCCGCCUCCAGCACCAUGGACGUCCUCCGGACCUCCUCUGGCGCCGCGGACGCCUGCCGGACCUCCCACGCGACGGAUGCCUGCCGGACUUUCCCCACGGGUUCCAUCUCCUGUGCCUUCGCCCACCCUGAUGGGUUGUUUUCUGUUGUUUUUGGACUCAUGGCUCCUUCCUGUGUCUCCGCCCACCCUGUUGGGUUGUUUUUUGUUGUUAUUUGGACUCUAGCCCCCCGUCUUGCGCCCCUCCACCCACCCUUGUUGUGUUUUGUUUUUCAGACUUUGAGCCCUACACUGUAUUCGUCCUGUCCUUCUGUGGCUUUUUCAUAGAUGUAGACGUACCCAUUGCUGCAAACGUCAGCUGCACAGUCGAUCUUUUCCAGUGAUACCCGCUCAUCCUCCGCCUUAAACACCAGUUUUCCACACAUCAGAUAUGUGUAAAAGCUGCUGGUGUCAGAAGUAGUUGAAUGUCUCCAGCAAAUGACGGAGGACAGAUGAUAUAACUGAGUUCCAUUUUUUACAGGAACUUCCAGGGUUGGGUCAGGUAUCACAGGAUGUCUGAUAUCAUCUGGACUGUCUGGCCAUGGCAGUAUCAGGGUCAUCACAUCAGUGUCAUUAAAAAAGCAAUUCCUCUUUUUGUUGGACUUGCAGGUAUCGCAACUUUCUGAAAUUCCAUUCCAAUAAUCCUCCAGAAGAGUUGAUGUGGUGUCAUUUACUUGUUCCUUUGGCAGAGGAACGACAGGACCAAGGUCACGAAUAAUUCGCGAACACUUCUGACAAUGUUCACAGUAGUCAGUUGUAUAUAAUUUAGCGUUUGUGUAGAUGCCACACUCCGCCAGCUAGUGCAACAUGUAAAACAAAAGGACUCCUGGCCUGUCCUGAUGUUUUACAUCCUUAAUCUUCAGAAUAUCAAUGAGUUCAUUCUGAACAGCAAACACUUCAUGUGCAGGAAAGUCUCUUCCUGGAUGGCACAUUGCUGUAAAGAAAUAUCUUGCAAACAAUGGUGUCGCUGAAAAAAGUUCAGAAAUCUCCUCAGGAUGCUGAGCCACAAACCUUCUGACAACAGUCAAAUUAAUUAUGCUUUGCGUUGUGGAAUUCAUCCAACAGUUAAAAAAGGAGUUGGAGAAUUUGCAAAAAUACAUGGCUGGGUAAAUAUUUA